AUGUCUAAAGGUUUCGUUCUGCUCACCGGGGCUACCGGCCACGUGGGCUAUGCGAACCUCAUCGAGGCGUUGAAGAAAGGCUACAAAGUGCGCGCCGCGGUGCGAUCGGAAUCGAAAGCUGCCCAAGUCAAGAGCGCCAAAUCGACACAGCCAUAUCUGGACCAACUGACAUUCACCACUGUCCCUGAUAUUGAGAAAGAGGGUGCCUUUGAUGAGGCCGUCAAGGGCGUCGACUAUAUUAUUCACACCGCAUCUCCCCUGCCCGUUCCUUCGGACGAUGACGAGAAGAAUAUAAUCCGACCUGCUAUCAACGGUACUUUGAGUAUCCUUCGCUCAGCGCUCAAGGAACCUUCUAUCAAGAAGGUAGUCAUUACCUCAUCCGUCGCUGCUGUCGUUCCUUCUGAGCCGGGCAAGGCUCCUGCUGUCGACUACAUCGAGGCCGAUCCUAAGGGACCAUACCCGGACACUUUUGCCGCAUACGCUGCCAGCAAGAAACUCACGCUGUAUCGAACCUACGACUUUAUCCGCGACAGCAAGCCCAAAUUCAGCAUCAUCAACGUCAUGCCAACCUUUGUGAUUGGCCGAAACGAACUCGCCACUACUCCCCAGGCCAUUGUCGCUGGCUCAAACGCACUCGCCUUGGGCCCAAUUCUUGGGAACAAGAGCGACUCUCCAAUGCCGUCAUUUGUGUGCCAUAUCGAUGAUGUCGCAUUCGUCCACGUCGCCGCCCUAGACCCCAAGGUUACCGGGAACCAGAACUUUGGCGUGAAUUAUACGUCCAGCACACCCAUCAACUGGGACGACGGCAUUGAGAUUGUUAAGAAGCACUUCCCUAAGGAGGUCGAAGCGGGCGUGUUUCCUCUUGGAGGCACGGCUCCUUCUGUCCAGGUCCCUUUCGAUGCGAGCAAGACCGAGGAAACCCUUGGGUUGAAAUUCAAGGACUUUGAGGAGCAAAUCGUCAACCUCGCAUCGUGGUAUGCACAAGCUGUCGCCAACGAAAAGUAA